CGAGAAAUCCUAAGAAUCUUUUUUAUCUUUGUGAAUGGUGUUACUCUGAGGAAGAUGAAGAUAAUGAAAUGAAAUAGCCCUCUGAUUCUGAGUCCCCAACCAUGAAUAUGCCAUUUCAGGUCGUCGAACUUCUCGAAGCCUUUGAAUUUCAAGUCACCGUUAUUACUGAACAUUAGAAGAUUCACUCUGGAGGCAGAGAUUCUCCGGAAAGCACCAUUGAAUUCAUGGCAAUCAAAUGCUUCUCUGAAAAUAUUCGUUUCUACGCUUGAAGCCAUCUACUUACACUUUUUUGUAAACUUAUACGAAGUUUCGAUUUCUGUUGAACUCUGGCAAACAGCGUACGGUUCGAUGGAUAGAGGUAUGCAGCUGCUUGAAGGUGUUGAAUCUGGAAAUAAAGAUGUAGCAAUAUGUUCUUCUGGAAUCAAGUUCGUACAGAAUUCUCGAGAAGGUAGUUCUCAUUCCACUGGUUUAUUCGCAAGCGUUGGUCAGGCAGGAUUUGGAUUUGGGAUUUCACCGAACCCUCCGGCUGCUAGAGAGAGUGGAAAAGCGUUUGCGCUGGCGAAUUCAUCCAUGAAAUUCAUUUCAAUGCCUGAGACCGGGUUUCGAACUGGUUUAUUUCCACGGUUGUUUCUGGUAGGUGAUUAUGAUGACGAUGAUGACGAUUCAUUUGAAAUUGAAGAUGAAGGUCUGAUGGUGAUGAAAAAGAAGACAACGACGAAGAGGAAUGGUCCGAAGUUGAAAUUGAAGAUUGGGAACCCUUCAUUAAGGAGGUUGAUCAGCGGGGCAAUUGCUGGUGCAGUGUCACGAACUGCAGUGGCGCCAUUGGAGACUAUAAGGACACAUUUGAUGGUGGGACUCUCCGGAAAUUCUGCUCUUGAGGUGUUCCGUUCUGUAGUGGACGCUGAUGGAUGGAAGGGCUUGUAUAGGGGUAAUUUGGUAAAUGUAAUCCGUGUGGCUCCAAGCAAGGGUAUUGAGCUAUUUGUAUAUGAUACAGUCAAGAAGCAUUUGUCUCCUAAACCUGGUGAGAAGCCAAAGCUUCCAAUUCCAGCUCCAUCAAUUGCUGGUGCUCUUGCAGGAGUUAGCUCAACCCUGUGUACAUACCCUCUAGAGUUGCUCAAAACUCGUCUCACUGUUCAGAGGGGUUAUAAGAACUUCCUAGAUGCUUUUAUGAGAAUCGUUAGAGAAGAAGGUCCCUCAGAACUGUAUAGAGGCCUCACCCCAAGUAUAAUUGGUGUGAUCCCUUUUGCUGCGACAAACUAUCUAGCUUAUGAUACACUGCAAAAGGCAUACAAGAAAGCUUUCAAUAAGGAGGAAGUGGGAAAUGUGAUGACCUUUUUGAUUGGAUCAACUUCUAGUGCAUUUUCAAGUAGUGUGACAUUUCCACUUGAGGUGGCUCGCAAGCACAUGCAGGCUGGAGCUAUUAAUGGAAGACAGUAUAGCAAUAUGCUUCAUGCUCUUGUCAGUAUACUUGAAAAGGAAGGCCCUGCAGGUCUGUACAGAGGAUUAGGGCCAAGCUGGUUAAAACUGAUUCCCGCUGCUGGUAUUUCUUUCAUGUGCUAUGAAGCAUGCAAGAAGAUACUUGUUGAGAAACAAGAAAACUGACCACUUCAGAUUCCUACAAGACUACAGAUUCCUGCAACACUACAUAGUUGGAGAGUUUAAGGGGAAAACUAGCUGCUUCGUUCUAGCGUGAUCAGUUUGCUUACACAAAUAAACAAAUCACAUAUCUGGAAGUUUUGAGGUUGAGUUUUCUUUCAAAUUGUUAUUCACAGAUCAUCACUGGAUUUUUUUCCUCACCAAAAUAUUGUUCAGGAUAUUUCUUUGUACAGGAGAUGACAACUCUAGCAAUCAAUUUAGAGCCUUCAGAUUUAUGCAUUCAUGUAUGAGGGCAUUACCACAGCAC